AAGAAAACAUUCUACGUUUGGAAAUAUUAACGAGAGAAAUAAAAACAAAACAAAAAAUGACAUUUAUAAUGAAGAAGAAAAAGAAUAAAUUUCUUGUAACAAUUACGAUUGAACAAUUGAAUUCUGUACCAUUUAUGAAUUCGGUAUUGUUUGUAAAAUGUCGACUAUUAGAUGGUGGUUCAUUUGUUGAUUAUACUGAUCGCCGUGAAGUGGAUGAUCAUUGUGUUAAAUGGAAUAAAACGUUUAAUUUUCAGGUAAAAAUGUCGGCCAAUGCUUCGACCGGUCUAUUGGAUACCUGUACAUUACGUUUAUCUAUUCGUAAGGAAACAAAGGGAGGUAAAGCAUAUGUAAAAUUGGGCUAUGCUGAUCUCAAUUUAGCCAGUUUUCCUGGUCAUGGACCUACCGAAUGCCGCUGUCUUUUAGAAGGCUAUGAAUCAAGACAUCAACAUCGACAAGAUAAUUCAAUGUUACAUCUUAAUGUUGAUAUGAAAUUAUUAGCUGGUGAUCCAUGUUUUAAAACGCCAAGAUUUACCUGUCUUACUCAACAUACGAAGCAAGGUUCAAGUGAUAUAUUAGCAGCGACCGAUCUAUUACAGCCACCAAAACAAGAUGGUCAUUUUCUUUGUCCAUUAGACUUAUUAAAAUAUAAAACUAACCAUUAUAUUUUUCCAAUAACAGAUUUUUUCGAUGAGAACGAAACUGGGGUUUCUAUCACAACCGUUAAUGUUAACGAUUCGCCAACAAAUUCCGCCAAUCAUAUCAUCGGUCUAGUAUCACCAGAUGAUUCAUUAAAUGGUCCCUCAACAUUAAUACAACCACAUCAUCAUCAUCAUGCAUCACAAACAUUAAGCUAUCAUCAUUCUAAUCGGAAUACGCCCACAUUGGAACAUAAAAAAUGUCAAACAUUAACAUUUUCUAAUAAUAAUCACGUAACUAACCUUAGUGGUGAGAAUGGUGCUGCUAGUAUUAGUGGUGUAGGCGCUUGUCCAAAUGGUGAUCGUAAUAGUCAUAUUUUUACUAGCCAUGAUCUUACAUCAUCAAUCACAUCAAAUAAUACAACCAAUUCUGCUUCAGUUUCUAGUUCUAACAAUAACAACAACAACAACAACAAUAGUUUUGAUCCAUUUUUUGAACCACAACAUUCUCGUUCCAAUUCAAGUCAAACAAGUUCAUCACGUAUUUCGGCAACUACUGGUUUUAAUUCAUUGCCCACGCAUUCAAGGCAAGGUUCAGCCGAUUCUGAACAGAAUACAAAUACAAAUAGGUAUACGAAUGAAAUAAAAUUCAAUAGUGUUGAUCGUGUAGUCAAUAAUAAACGUAGUCAUCAUCAACUUUAUGAACGUAUGAAACCAACCGCAAUGAAUGGAUUGGGAUUAACGUUGGAUUCAUCAACCAUUUCCACAACUGAAUCUUCUAGUUUUCGAUCUGGUUCGAAAAAAGCAAUCGAUUCCACGCGUGUACCGGCCGAUCAAUUUGUUACAGAAUUGUUGAAAAAUAAUAUUGAUGAAACAAUAUUAAUGGAUAAUGUACCAAUGGAAAUGUUUCCAGAAGAUGGUAGUGGUGGAGGCCUUGAUAUUCAAGUUGGACCAGAUGGAUCGGCAACCAUAAUUAGUAAAACAAGAAAUAGGAUUAAUAAUAAAUUCGAUAAUAAUAAUCAUCAUCAUCAUCAUAAUCAUAAUCGUGAUAAAUCUAAAUCAACUUCGAAUGGCCGAACAAAAAAUAAUGGCAAUGCAAGUAAUAGUAAUAGCAGUAACAGCAGUAAUAAUAAUAGUCCUAAAAAACUGUUAGCCACUAAUACAAUUGCUCAAACAUAAUUGUUGAUCGUAUGUGGAUUCAUGGCUGCUUAUUAUUUCGAAUCAUACACACACACACACGCAGACAUAUAAAUAUUUUCACUGAAUAUUCUUCAUUGUUAUCAUUUUCGAUCUCAACUAUCUAUUGGACCUCUAACGAUUGUAAUGAAAGAAAAAAUUAAUUCAAAUAUUAU